AUGGAACAACCAUCAUUUCAAACAUUAUGUCUUCAAACUAUAAUUAAUACAAUUGAAAAAAUAAAAGAAAUAAAUGAUAUAUCAAAUAUAAAAGAAUUAAAAUAUCAAUUUAAAGAAUUUAUUAAUACUCUUGAUUUAGUAACAAAAUAUAUAAUUGAAUGGAUAGGAUAUAUUCGUUAUAAUGAUCCAGAAAUAUAUAAUCAAUUAUAUUUAUUAUUAAAAUUAUAUCAAAAUUUUAUUAAACCUAAAAAUCAAUCUUUUAUAAAUGAAGAUAAUAAACAAACAUUUAAUAAAUAUAAAAAUGAAAUUAUUGGAUUACUUCUUUUAGGAUUUAUUUAUACAAUCCAUUGUUUCUUUACAAUUUAUUGUUUCUUUAUUUCUAUUAUUUCUACUAAAUCAUUUGAAAUUUCAACAGAAAUUUAUCAAAUUGGAAUUGGAUAUCAAGUAAAUCCAAUACAAAAAUUAAAUGAACUUGAAAAUGAAUAUAAAAAACCAAUUUAUAACACAAUUAGAACACAAAGAAAUGAUAUAUUUAAUCAAUGGAAAAUAAAAACAUAUAAUAGAAUGAAAAAAUUUAUUGAAAAUAGUAAAAUAAAAUCAAUUACAGAACAAGAAAUUAUAGAAGAAUUAAAAGUUCAUAUUGAUUUUAGAUUUAAAUUUUUAAGAAAUAAAGAUACAUUAAAUAUUAAUUUUGAUUUAUUUGAACUUAAUCAUUCAUAUAGAAAAGAACUUUAUUUUAUUGAUAAAUUAAGGAAAAUAAAAACAAAAACAAAAAUAGGAAAUUCUAUACAAUUACAAUGUAUUGAUAUAAUAAAAGAAUAUUCAUUAAAUAAUAAUUAUGAAAAAAGUGAAGCAAGUUUUUUUACUUAUAUUAAUGAAAUUAUUAAAAAAGAAAAAUUUUAUACUAAUAUUUUUGAAUUAACAACAAAUUAUAAUUUUUAUAUUGAUAAAAUAAAAGAAAAACAAGAUAUUGAUAAAGUAUUUCAAAGACAUAAAGAAUUAUUUAAUAAAGUUAAUAUUAUACAAGAAAAUAAAGAAGAAAUACAAUCUAAUAUUAGAAUUAGAAUAAUGGAAUAUGAAUUAUCAUUAGAAUCUCUUCCAAAAAUUAAUAGACCAUUAAAUCAAAUAACAGAAAUAUAUUUUAAUUUAAAAACAUUAUUUGAAAAAAUAUAUUCUAUUAUUGUAAAUUCAAAUGAUAUUAAAACAUUAAGUAUUUUAAUUUAUAAAAUUACAUUCAUUUUUAGAAAUUUUCAAAGAGUUAUUAAUAAUUAUUUUACUGUACCAUUACAAUUAGAACAAAUGAAUACAAUAAUUAAUGAAAUAAUAACAUAUAUAAAAACAAAUAAAAUAAUAUCAAUUACAUCAAGUAAAAAUGAAUUAUUAUUUAAAAUUAUGACAUUAAUAGGAUUAAAUGAUAUUGUAUUUACUAGUUUAAGAUAUAGUCAUCAAAAAAAAUAUUUAUUUUUAAGUGUUUUUGGAUGUAUUUAUCAAUUAAAUGAAAUUCAUUUAAAAAUUAAAAAAAUUAUACAAAUAAAAGAUCCCAAUGAAAUUUCAUUAUUUAUGUUAUCAAAAAUUUAUAGAGAUAUAUUUAAUUUAUAUAUUAUUAAAAUUAAAGAAUUUUCACAAGGAAAUAAAAUAAUUAAAACAUUAUUUGAAGAUACACCAAUAGAACAAUUAUUACAAAAUACAAUGAAAUAUGAUGAAGGAGAUAUUUCAGUUGAAAGAAUAAUUUUAUCAACAUUAGAUGCAUUAAAAUCAAUUCUUGGAGUUUCAUUUUCACAAAUAUUUGUAUCAAAUGAAUUAUAUUUAAUUGGAAUUAGUAAUUAUUGUUUUACAAUUAUUAAAACAAUACUUCAUUGGUAUUUUGGAACAGAUAAAACAUUAAAAUGGAGAUUUAUUGAUAUUUCACAUAAUGCAAUUAAAUUAUGUUUAACAUCAGAAAUUAUUAAUGAACCAGAAUCAGAAAUAUGUGGAAUAAUAUAUAAAUUAAUGAAAGAAAUUAAAGAAAUAAAUCAAAAUAUUCAUUUUGCUAAACCAAAUAAAGAAAUAUUUAAUAAUAUUUUUAAUAAAUCAUGUAAUGAAAUAAUAAAAUUUUUUGAAUCAUUUGGAUGGUUAAUGAAAUUAAAUAAUAAUAAUAUAAUAACACCUGGAUUAUUAAGAAUUAGUUCAUUUAUUAAAAUGGGAAGUAUUUUAAAAAAAUUUAUUCAAAAACUUGAAGAAAAAACAAUUUUUGAUAAAGAAAUGAAAUUUUAUCAUUUUCAAAUAAUUGGAGUAAUUAAAGGAUAUCUUAAUUAUAUUUUAUCAAAUAAAACAUAUGGAAUUAUUUCAAAUCAAUAUCCAGAUUUUAUGAAAGUUUUUCAAAUAUUUAUUAAACAAAAAAAAGAAAAUAAUAUAAAUAAAAUAGAAAUUAUAUCAAGACGUUUAUUAUUAAUGAUUUUUGAAAGAAUUAAAUUUGAUGAAUUAUUUUUUGAAUGUAUUAAAUUUAAUUUUUUAAAAGAAAGAACACAUGAACAAGAAAUAAUUAUUAUUCAAAGAAUUAUUCAAUAUUUUGAAUUAAAAGAAUUUAUUUAUCCUUCAAUUACACAAAAUAAUUUUUGUAGUUGUAAAUUUUCUAUUUCAUUACUUCAAACAAUUUUAAAAUCUAAAUCAAAAGAAAUUGGAAAUUUAAUUAUUAUUAUUUUAUCAUUUAAUAUUGAAAUAUCAUCAUUAUUUGCUACUCUUGUUGCAAUAUUUAAAAAAUAUAUAAUAUUAAUAGAAAAUAAUUUUAAUAAAUUAGAAGAAUUAACAGAAUGGAUUCAAAUAACAUUAAAAACAUUAGAAAUUUUAACAGAAAAAGGUAUAAAUUAUGAUUGUCUUAUGCAAAUGGCACAUACAAUUUUAAAAAUACUUUAUUAUCAUCCAAGAGAUACACUUACAAUAUUAAAUCCACUUUCUCAUAUAAUUAAAGUAUUAGAAUUAUAUGUUAAUAAUAAAAAUACAGAUUAUAUUCAAGAUAUUAUUUUUAAAGUUAUUAAAAUUUGUGCUAUGUGUUUUAAAAUUGAAAAUAAAUUAAAAGAUGAUAAAUUUUAUAUUAUUCAAUUUAAAGAAUAUAUUCAUAUUUGUAUUAAAUCAACACUAUUUUAUAUUUCAGCAAUAAAUUGGGAAGAACCUAAUAUUAUAAAUAUUCAAAUAGCUUUUAAUAAAUUUGAUUCAUUAAUUUCAGAAUUAUCAGAAGAAUAUGAUUAUAAAACAUGGAAAAUAAAAUGUUGGGAAUAUUUUAUUGAAUUUAUAAGUGAUGUAUUUCCUGUUCAUUCAAUGAUUGAUUAUCUUAAACAUAUUAUUAGUAUAAUUAGUUUUAAUUUAUUAUUAGGAAUUCAUUUUAAAAAGAAUAUAAUAACAUAUUUUACUAUUAUUAGUAAUAUUCUUUAUCAAUCAGAAAAAUUUGAAGAAAUUUUAAUUAUUGGAAAAAGUAUUUAUCAAUUUGCAUAUGAUAAUUCACAAAUUGGAAAUAGAGAAUUUAUUAAAAUUAAUAAAAUUAUAAAAUAUGAAGCUAUAUUUAAAAAAAUUAUUGAAGAAAGAAAUAAAAUAAUUAAUAUAUUUUGUCUUCAAAAAAUUAAUUCAUUAAUAGAAAAUUUUGAAGAAAUAAAUCAAGAAAAUAAAAAUAAUAAAGAAAUAGAUAAUAAAGAAAUAGAAAUAAAUCAAAAUGAAGAAGAAAUAAAAAGUGAAGAAGAAAAUUUAAUUAGUGAAGAAGAAGAAAUUGAAAGUGAUAAUGAAAGAAUUGGAAGUGAAGAAGAAGAAGAAGAAAAAAUAAAAGAAAAUAUUUUUAAAGGAAUUGAAAUGAUUGAAGAAAUAAGUAAAAUAAUGAAUUCUAUAUUUAUGAUAUUACAAUCAAUUGAAAUAGAUAAAAAAUCAAGAGCAAAAGCUAAAUUAAUUAGAUUAUUAACUAGUGUAGCAGAACAUUUUUUUAAUACAGCAGAUAGUUUAAAUGAAAAAAUAUUAUCACAAAAUAUUAUUAUUCAAACAGAAAGAUUAAUGAAUGAUUCAUUAUGUGUUAGAGAAUUAAUUAUAAAUCUUAUAGAAUUAGUUAUAACUAUUAGAGCAGUUAUAAAUUAUGAUAAAGAAAAAAGAAUAAAUGUUUUAAAAUAUAUUGAAUUAUAUGAUAAUUAUAAUGAUAUGAUAACAAAAAUUAUAUAUGAUAUGUUUUUAUUUUUAAAAUUAUUUAAAACAUUUAAUAUUAAAAGAGGAAAUGAAACAAAACAAAUUUUAAAUAGAAUGGUAAGUGGAUUAAUUUAUUUUUUUGUAACACCAUUUAUUGAUAUUCAAAUUCAUGAUUCAACAUAUGUAAAUUCAUUUAUUUAUAAUCAAGGUAGAAAAGAUCAUAUUAUUGAAAAUUCACAUGUUGCUUUAUUAUGUGCAGAAUUUAAAGAAAUUAGUAAAAAAAAUAAAAAAUUAAUAGAUAAUUUAAAAGAAAUGGGAGAUGAUAUGGAUGAAUUUGUAUCAUUUAUUGGAAUAAAAGAAAAUAUUGUUGAAACUAUACUUCCUAAUAUGGAAAUAGAAGAAGAAAAAGAAUUAACACAAUAUAUUCAAGAACGUGUAUCAAUUUUAUUAAAUAAUACAAAACCAUCAUUUUUUUUCUUAGCACAUGUUAGUCUUAAAGCAGUUGAAUCAUCAAAAUCACUUUCAAUUCAAUUAAAAUCAAAUCCAAAUAUUUUUGUAUCAUGUAAAAGAGAAGCAUUAUGUCUUAAAAAAAAUUUAAAAUGUUUAGUUGCAAUGAUUAAUGUAUUUGUUGCUAUUAUUCCUAAAGAAAAAUCAUUACAUCAUUGGAUGGUAGAAUUACAAAAUAAAUUUAAUGAAAGAAAAAAUAAUAUUAAAAAAUGGUAUAAAAAUGGAAUUAAAACAAAUUUUAAUGAAAUAUAUUUUAAAAUUAUGGAAAAUUUUGAAAGUGAAGUUAAAUUAUUAGUAAGAACAAUUUGUUAUACAUAUUUUUUAUAUUCAUUAAUUAUAGAUGAAUUAGGAGAUAUUAUUCAUAAUAUAUCUAUGGGAUUUAAAUUAAAUACAAAAUAUGUUAAAGAUGUAAUAUUUGUAUUAAGUUGUUAUACAGGAAAUUAUAUUUAUCAUAAUAGAAUGGUUGCAAAUUUAUUUGAUAAAAUUAAAAUAUUUAUUACUACAACACCUUAUAAUAAAACACAAGUUCCUGAUAUGUUAGCAACAAUUGAAGAAUUAAAACAAUGUCUUGUUUAUAGAACAAAAGUAGAAAAAAGAACACAAUCAAUAAAUUUAGAAUUAUAUAAAAUAAAAAAUCCAACUCAAGAACAACAAAUUAAACAAUGUAAUGAUUUACAAAUAUUAUUACAAUCACUUCAAACUAUGGAUUUUGGUUCUAUUACAUUUAGACCUAAAUUUGGAUGUUAUGUAAUUGAAUCAGAAGAAAAAGAAAAAUUACUUAAUUUAAAAUUAAGAAUACAAAAUAAUGAAGAUAUUUCAAAAGAUUAUAUUAUUAUAAGAAAUGAAAUAUUACAAGAAUUUAUUCGUUUAGUAUUUCAUCUUAAUUUAGAACAUUGUAUGUUAAUAAGACAAGUUGGAGAAACUUUUGAUUCUAAAAGAAUAUUAUAUCUUGAAUUUUAUAUUUCAGUUAUUAUUUCUCAAACAAAAAUUUUAUAUGAUAUUAUUAAAAUUAUUUAUCCUGGAAAUGAAAUAAUAUUAAAUGAACAAUAUUUAAAAUUAAUUAAUAUUCAAAAAGAAUGUUCAUUAAAUAAUAUAAUUAAAAAUCCUAUUAAUGUUUCUAAUCUUCCAAAAAGAAUUUUUGAAAUACUUCAACCAACAACUAAAUUUGAUAAAAGAAUUAAUAGUUCAGGAAUAAGAAUUAAUGAUGAUAUUACUUAUUUACCAUUUUUUUCAUUUCUUCAAUUUGAAGAAAGUAUUAUUUUAUCAUUAUUAAAAAAUGAAAAAGUAGAUGAAAUAAAAAUUGAAAUAUUUAAAGAUGCAUUACAAAUGAUGUGUGAUAAAUUAUCUUAUAAAAUAGAUUUUAUUAAUAUAAAUAAAUUAUUUUAUAAAAAUAAAAUUUAUCAAUUAAAAUCUAUAACAAUUAAUCUUUUUAAAUUAAAUGAAUUUUAUACUACAGAUGUUCCAUCAACAUUUAAAUUAUGUGGAGAAUUAUUUAUUGGAUUUUCACAUUUAUAUUAUAUUAUAGCAAAAGAUUCAAAUGAAGUAUUUGAAAAAGAAAUGAAAAGAAUGAAUAGAGUAAUUGAAUUCUUUUCAAUACAAACAAAACAUAUAUUUUUUGAUCAAUUUAAACAUACUCUUUCACCUGAAAUUAUUAAAAAUGUUAUAAAAUGUGUAAAUUCAAUUAUUGAAUCAAUAAUUAUUAAAAAAGAAGAUCAAUGGAUAUUUUCAACAGAUUUUGGAAAAAGAAUAUUAUAUUCUCAAAUAUUAGAUUUAUUUAAUUAUUUUGGUUUAAGAACUAGUUUAAUGUAUAUUCAUUGUUUUAUUAGAAGAGAUUUUUUAUUUAAAAGAGAAGUUCCUUGGGUAGUUUUUUCAUGUAUAAUUCAAAUAUUAAAACAUUUUCAAAGUAUUAUAUUAAUAAAAAUUGAUGAUCUUACUCUUGAUAAUUGUAUUAAACUUUUAAAACAAAGAAUUAAUGAAAUUGUUCCUAUAUCUUUUGAUUGGAGUAUUUUAUCUACAAAAAUUGAAGAAUUACAAUUCUUUUUAAAAAAAGAUCCAAAUUCUAUUUCUAAAAUUGAUUUUCUUAAAUCUCUUAUUCAUUUAUUAAAAGCUUGUAUUAGUUAUUCUUUUAAUACAGAUAAUAAUAAAAAUUUUAGACAAAUGUUUGAUAUUAUUGAAAUAUUACAUAAAACAAUUCAUUCAUUUGAUUUUAAUCAAACUAAUGAAAUAUUUAUUCAAACUUUUAAAAAUCAUCUUCCAUCAUUAAAUAAAUGUAUUAUAAAAAUAUUUUCAAUUGAUUCAUUAAUUAAUGCAUUUUUUGCAUUUAAAAUAAAUCAUUCUUUAUUUCAACAAUUAUCAAUAUCAAUAAUUAAUGAAUAUCCAUUUUCUAAAAUAUUAAAAUCUAUUAUUGAAGAAAAUAAUGAUGGAAAUUUUAAUUCUAUUUUACUUACAGUUUUAUUAAAACCAUUUCAAAGAUAUCGUUAUUAUGAACCAAAAUUAAUAAUAUUAUUAAAUGAAUUAUAUUUAUUACAACAAUCUCAAGAUAUUCAUUCAUUUUCUCCUGAAUUUGGAACAAGAUAUUAUAGUAUUUCAAUUGAAAUUCAUGAUAUUAUUACAAUUUUAUUAAAUUGUGUUGAAUUAUUUAAAAUGACAAUAUCAAAUGUUUUAUUAGAAAAUUCAGUUAUUGAAUUAAAUCAAAUAGUUAUUAAAAUUGAAAAAGAAUUUAAAAAUAUGAAAACUUUAAUUACAAAUGAAAUAAUUAUAUUAAUACAAAAAAGUCUUAAAAAAUGUUUUAUUAUUUAUUCAUUUAUUAUUUCAUAUAAUUUAAUUAAAUUAUUAACUCAAACAUUUUCAUCAGGUAAUAGAAUUCAAUUAAUUAAAGUAUUAAAAGAAGUUUUUCCAUUAAUUUUAGGAGUUGAUAUGAUUUUUAAUGAUGAUGAAUUUAAAGGAACAAUUUAUCCAUUAAAAAUUUAUGAAGAUUUAUUUACAUUAAUUAGUACAGAAAAUUUAUUUAUUCAAAAUGAACAAAAAAUUAAUGAAUUAUUUGAACAAAUUUUAUUAUCAAUUCAUUAUUGUCUUGAAUAUCUUCAAUUAAGUGAAUUAAUGAUGAUUAAUUGUAUUGAAUUUAUAAAAAAUAAAAAAUAUAUUAAUGAAUCAUUAAAAUAUCUUGAACAAGCAUUUGAAAUGACAAAAUCAAUAAAAAAUAUAAUUAUUAAAUAUACUGAUUUUAUUAAUCCAUUAUAUGGAUUAAAUUUAUGUUCUUUAAAAAUCGAAAAUAAAAUAAAAGAAAUUCAAAAUCAAUCAUUAUUAAAUAUUUCAACAGAAAUAUUAAAUAAUCUUAUUUAUGAUAUUUAUCAAAAAAUUUAUGGAACAAUAAUUUUUAAUUAUUCUUUUCCAGAUAAAUGUAGAAAAGAAUUAUCUAUUAUAAAAUCAUGGAAAGAAACACAAAAUUUAUCAGAAUUACUUAAAUUAUUUGGUUAUAUUUAUUUAAAUGUUGAUAAUGAAAAAACAAAAUCUUUCUUUAGAGAAGGAUUUAUUUCUGAAAUAAUGGUUUGGAUUCAUAAUUUUUUAACAAAUGGAAGUUAUAAAUCUUUUCAAUCAUUAUUAUCUCAAGAAAUAAAAAAUAUUAAUAUUAUUAAUUUUCAUCAAUUUAAUAGAAAUACUAUUUUUCAACAAUAUAAAAAUAUUAUUAAAAAUUCAAUUUGUCUUGGAUUUCAACAAAUACAAUUAGCUGCUGAACUUACUCAUAAAUCAUUUAAAUGUCAUGCAAUUAAAAAAAUAGAAUCUGAUAAUGAUAAUAAUAUUAUAACUUUACUUUCUACUGAAGAAUUACAAAAAAUUCAUACUUUUAUUCAAACUUUUAAAACAGAUGAUGAUAUUAUUCUUGAAAAUGAAGUUAUUGUAACUUGUAGUGUAAAUUAUGAUCAAAGAAUGUUAAAACAUUUAAAAAAUAUUAUUCUUCAAUUAGGAAAACCAAAAGAUCAAAUGUUUAUUAGAAGUUAUAUUGUUAUUAGAGCUUUUAUUGAUUAUUAUGAAAUUAUGUCUAUUCAAGAAAUUUAUAGUAAAAUUGUUACUUUAUAUACUCUUCUUGAAGAAUUUGUUGAAACUAUUUAUUCUGAUUUAUUAUGGAAAAAUCUUUUUGAAACAUUUUAUAUUAAUAAUAAUAAUAUUGUUAUUGAUUCUAUUAAUCUUCAAGAUUUAAAUAAAAUUAAUCAAAAAAUUCCUUUAUUAUUAAAAGAAUUUGAUAAUGUUGUUAUUACUUAUUAUAAAAAUCAUAGUAGUGAUUUUUUUAGUACUGAAAUACUUAAUUGUAUUGGUAUUUUAUUUAAUUCUUUACAAGAUAUAGAUGUAACUCCUGAAGAAAAUAAAAUUUUACAAUUAAUUAUUAAACAACUUCUUCAUUUACAUUCUCAAAUUAAAGAUGAUCCUAUCAUUGAAAAUAUUUCAUUAAAAUUUUUAAAUUUAAAAAUAACUCAAAUUGAUUUAUGUAAUAUAAUUGAACAAAUGUAUAAUGUAGUUGUAUCAAUAUCUGAAAAUAGUGAUUCUAUUUUAUUAUUAGUAAAAAGUUUAUCAAAAUAUUGUGAAAAAACAACUCCUGAAUUUAAUUGUAUUAUUCCUAAAAAUUCAAUUAAAAGACAACAACUUAAAAUUGCUUAUUCAACUGAAAAUUGUUUACUUCAAACUAUUAUUAAAAAUUGUAAAAAUCCUUUACUUAUUAAUUAUGGUAAUUUAAUUUCUAAUGAUUUCUUUAUUUUAUGGAAAUUAGUUGAUGUUUCUCAUUCAUCUAAUUUUGAAAUUAAUAUUGAAAAUCCUUAUAAAAUUUAUUCUGGAAUUGCUAAAUUAAUGAAUAGAAGUAUUGAAAGAUUAACACCACUUCUUGAUGGUGAAAAAAAUGGUUUCUCUUUAUCUUUUGAAGGUAUUGAUGUAAUUGAAAUUAAAUUAUUAUCUAAUCUUGAUAAAAAACUUAUUAAUAAUAUUUAUAAUGUUGCAACUACUUUUGAACGUGGAGAUACUCAAGAAACAAUUAAAAGUAUUGAUGAUUGUUUAUGUUUAAUCUUAUCUACUCUAACUCCUCCUUUUUCUAAAAAUUUAUAUCAUUCUUCUAAUACAUCUUGGGAUCGUUGGUUUUGUACUUUUAGAUUAAAAAAUUGUUUUAUUGAUCUUAUGUAUGCUGUUUUGAGUUAUACGUCCCAACAUACUCAAUUAGAUGAUUUUAUUAAUCUUGUUACAAAAACUUUUAGAGAUAUUGUUCUUCUUGCUAACAAUUUAGUACAACUUAAUUAA